AAUGAUCCUAUUGUCAAUUCAGAAAUAAUAUGUAUGACAUCUUUAGGAGUGAUGUCAUAAUUCAUAAGUUUUUGAUGUAACACUUAGUGUGAAUGUUUUUCUUCAGCUUAUUAUAGAUUGUGUGGGGUUUUUUUUGUAUUCAGUACAAUUCAGUGUAUUGCAUGUAAUAUUAUGGAUCAUAAUCAAUUGAGAUUUUAUGACAAAUUUGUUUCAACUUCCUUGUGUUUGGAAUCGUAAAGGAAGAAGGAUCAUAUUGUAUCAACAGUAUAGGAUUAACAGUGUUUAGUCAUAUUAAGUUACAACUGUGGUACAUGUAUGAGAACAUAUAUGUCCGAUUCUACUAAUAAUAACUGUGGAAUACAUGUAGCUUCUGAUAUUACUUCUGUUGGUGGACAAUGUAUUGCCAUAAGACAAAAUAUGAGCAAACCAGAUCCAAAAGCCAAACAGAUUUCCAUUGGAAAGAAGAAAUUCAACAUGGAUCCCAAAAAGGGAAUCCAGUACCUGAUUGAACAUGGUUUAUUACAAGAAACACCAGAAGAUGUUGCUCAGUUCUUGUUCCAAGGUGAAGGUCUUAAUAAAACAGCUAUUGGUGAUUACCUGGGUGAAAGGAAAGACUUUAACAUGGAUGUACUGAAGGCUUUUGUUAAUCUACAUGAAUUCCGUGGAAUGAUUCUAGUCCAAGCACUCAGACAAUUUUUGUGGAGUUUCCGACUACCAGGUGAAGCCCAGAAGAUUGACAGAAUGAUGGAGUGCUUUGCACAGAGAUAUUGUGACCUUAAUUCAGACGUAUUUAAAAAUACAGAUACAUGUUAUGUUCUGUCAUUUGCUAUCAUUAUGUUGAACACAAGUUUACAUAAUCCAAGUGUUAAAGAUAAACCUACUGUAGAGAGAUUUAUAUCAAUGAACAGAGGGAUACAUGAUGGUGGUGAUUUACCAGAAGAACUUCUCAUAAAUCUAUAUGAUAGUAUAAAGAAUGAACCAUUUAAGAUACCAGAAGAUGACGGUAAUGAUUUAAUGCAUACUUUCUUCAAUCCUGUCAAAGAAGGUUGGCUGUGGAAACAAGGAGGAAGAUACAAGAACUGGAAAAGACGUUGGUUUAUUCUCAAUGAUAACUGUUUAUAUUAUUUUCAAUAUACUACAGACAAGGAACCAAAGGGUAUUAUACCACUAGAGAAUAUAAAUGUACGUGAAGUGCCGACAGAGAAAGCUCAUAAACCUAAUUGUUUUGAGUUAUUUACUGGUGGUAAUGAUAUUAUUAAAGCUUGUAAAGUCGAUUCAGAUGGUAAAGUUGUCGAAGGUCGCCAUAAUGUAUACAGAAUGUCAGCUGGUAAUGCACCAGAGAAAGAAGAAUGGAUUAAAUGUAUUAAAUCGAGCAUAAAUGAUAAUCCUUUCUACGACAUGUUGGCAGCAAGGCGUAAGAAUGCAACUGGUUCUAGUCCAGCAGAAUAAUGAUCAGGGAUUUUAUAGAAAUAUCAGGAAUCAAGACACAGACCUCAAUACAGAAUUAUCCAAUAUCAUGGUGAUUUCAUACCAAAUACCAAAUAUUCACAAACAUGAUUUUAUACACGAAGGUUUAUUCACUUAGAGAUCAUAAUCAUCAACAGAUUUCAACAAAAAAAAAACAGCAUUUUUUUUACGAUAGAUUAUGACCAAAAUUUCCAAUAUCCAACUCCUGAAUUAGUGGAAUUAAUUUGCACUUUAUAGGCUAAUGUGAAACUUGUUCCGAUUUCUAUAUUCUGCAUGAAAAUAAUUGAUACAUAUUGUUAUCAUUAUAUUUACUGUUCGUUUCAAUAUACGCACCUCAUGUCAUUAUAGAAAUCAAAAUAUUCAUUUAUGUUCAUUUGUUUAACUUAACAUAAUAAAAUUAUUAUUUCAUUUAUUUACUAUACUAACCAUGAAAAAUGAAUCUUUAUAUUAAGAUCAUUGAUCGACACCACCUAAAAAGCAUAGCUUGAUUUUAGGUGCACUGUCAAAUAAAUUGAAUUUUUUUCAUUGUAAGUAAAAUUAAUGAAUUUUGAAUGAAAUGUUUAUUUCAUUAAACUAUAACUAGCUGGUACUAGAACAUCUAUUAUUUAUAUAGUAGAAAUAUAUAAACUUAUAUAAUGAUUUGUAAAUCAUUUAGAUUAAAUUCCAGAUAUUAAUAUUACUACUAAUAAUAUUAAUUAAUUACACAGGAAGAGUUUAAUGCAAAAUAGGCCCCAAAGAUAUAGGUGUCUUCCAGCCAAGGUGUAUAAUACUUUUGACAUGGUCAUAACCCAGCGUUUUGAUAACAAAUUCUAAAUUAUGGACAGAAACUAUCUCUGCUUAAUUCUUGUAUUGAACUAAGAUGUCUCACUGUGCAGUUACAGGCAGUAAUGUUUUGCAUUAAACUCUUCACAUAUUUAUAGUUUUAUAUUCAUAAUUUACACAUUCGACAUAUAAGUUGUAACAUGGAUUAACAAUAUUUUCAAUAUCAUUCAAGAAUUAACUAUCAUUCAAGAAUUAUCUAUCAUUCAAGAAAUAACUAUCAAUCAAGAAUUAACUAUCUUAACUGUUGUUUCAGCUUCUCAAAACUGUAAUUAAAUUUACUGAAAAUUUGAGAAUUAAGGUUGAAGUGAUUUACUUUGAAAUUCUUGUGGCCUUCUUCUCAAAAUUAUAGUUUUAGAUAUUGAGAUUAAAGACUGAAUCAAUUGAUUUUGCUGUUAUUUACAAAAUCAGUAAUUAUGAUAUAAUAUUGAAUGAUAGUGUUAGUCAUUGUAAGCUUCAUAUACAUCAUUUCCUGUAUUAUACGUCACAUUCUAGGCAAAUUAGAAACAAGCUUUAUCAAGCAAUAAUGUAGAGAUAGUCUGAGAAUAACUAUAAAGACGAUUAAAACAAUUAUGUUGAACUUGAUUUGUACUGGUAAACAUGGGGUUAACAUUUGACUAAUUCAGUAUUAGAUUUAGUCCAAGUUGAUAAAUGGAGUAGACUAGGGCAAACAUGGAUUGAUGAAUGUAAUUAUGAAUUUAUAAGUGUAACACAUCAAGAGAAAUCUAAAAAUUGAUUCAUUUGGGUUCAUAAUAUGAGGUAGACCUUUUAAUCUUUGAGGUACUGAUGAAUGAAAAUAGGCUUUCCUAAUCGGGGAAAAUGUAGAUUCAUAUCUACAUGGACAUAAAUGACAAAGUCGGGCUUUACACUUUAUAUCUGUCAAAUCAGUAUCGACUGCAGUUCAUUUUGAAUGAAAAAUUGAAACUUGAACCAGUAGAGAUCACAAAGUCAGGCUUAAUGCUUUUUAGUUAGCCUUAGUGGAAAUGGAUACAUCAAAUCAGUACCAACUGCAGUUCAUUUUGAAUGAAAGAUUUAAGCCUGUACCAGAUGUAGAAUAACAGUCGUAUUUGUAGUGAUAUAUAUUAUAUAGAGAACGUGUAGAUAUUGUAUAUGUAUGUAUGUAGGAAUUAUUAUUAUUAUGUAAUGUAUAAAAUCUAUUUUUGCUAUGUAAAAUGUAUUAUAAGUGUACUAUAAUAAUUAUUUUAUUAGAACUAGUCGUAGCCUACACUAAUUAAUAAUUACCAAACUGAGAUUCUAGAAUGUACAAAAUUAGUAGUCAUUGAUAUAAUACCCUAAAAUUAUAAGUUAUUAAUAACAUAGCGGUUCAAUAAUAUUGUUCUCUAAUUUUGAAAACAAAAUUGCCUGAGUUUUAAUAGGUAUGUGUAGUAAGUAAAUGAUACAACUUUUGGUAACUGGAAAAACUAAAUUAAUAUCAAUUGUAAUAACAAUUAUCCAGAACACUGAUCUUGCCUGGUUUUCAACAUUAUGGAGCAAUUAUAUUGAAACAUGGCUGGUACUAAUUAGUCUAUUAUGUUUAGGAAAGCUUGAUAAAUAUUUUCUUCAAAUGAGUAAAUGAGGCAGGAAUGUAAAAAUUUGUGCAGUAAUUUUGGCUGCUUGUGGUGAAAUUGUCGUUAAACAUUAUUUAAUAAAUUAGUACAGGCAUUGUUAAACUUUGGUUCAUUAUACAUAUAUAUAUAUAUAUAUAUAAACCAAAGACAAACUUAAACCAUCCAUAUACCAUAACUCCCAGUAAACUUGUCAAUCAACAUACAUGUAUAGUCAUAGUGUUGACAAGAUAUAUUAUUAUUAUAUUUGCAUGUUUUGGUGUACAUAUCUGGAAGAAAAUUAGGCAAACAAAUUGCAUCUGAAACCAUAGUAACAAACAAAAUGACAUGUUAGUCUCAAAAUGACUGAAGGUUUGUGGGGGAAGUAGUACAUCUUGUCAUUGUAACUAUACUAUACUUGUAGUAUUAUGUAUGAUAUCUUUUAUUCACCAAAAUUCAUUUUAGUUUAGUAAGUACAUUUUAUAUGUGCAUGUUUUAUCAAAUAUAAUCCAAUGCAUGUAUAUUAGUCAUAAAUAUUAUAUUAAUAUAUUGACCAAAGUAUUACUGGCCAAUUAUACCUAUCUGUACUAGUGUAAAAAAUAUGGCAUAUGGAGGAACAUUACAUCUAAGUACAUGAACAUUAUAAAAGCAUUGCAAAGAAUUUCAUAAACAUUUUAAAGGAACAUAUGUAAGUUCAUGAACAUUCUAAAGGAACAUUGCAUUCAAGUACAUGAACAUUUUAAAGAUUACAUUCAAGUACACAUAUGGGCAUUAUAAAGGAACAUUGCAUUCAAGUACAUACAUAAACACUAUUACAGAACAUUGCAUCUAAGUUCAUGAACAUAGUAAAUGAACACUGCAUCUAAGUUCUUAAACUUUAUAAAGUAGGAACAUGAACAUUCUGUAAGAACUUUACAUCUGAGGGCAUCUGAACACCUACAGAUAGUAAUGGAAUAUCUUAUAGUACAUAGACAUUAUAAAAGAACGUUUUAUAGUACAUGAAUUGUAAAGGAAUAUGUAGAUGAAUUAUUAACAAAGAACUGUUAAUGUGUACAUGAAUUAUAAACUUAUAGAAAUGAUAUAAAUAUUAUGUAAAUUCCUGUCUUUCUGACACACUUCUCUUUAAUGAAGAACAAUGACUUUGUUUAAUAUAUACCAGCAUUAUUGUUGAUUGUUUUACUAGUACAUAUUAAAUGUAAUUAUGUAAACUGAAGCAAUAAAGAAAAUGUAGAGAAGAGACAGUUCUAGUCUUUUUGCUGUGAUUUUAAAUGAUGAGUUAUUUAUGAACAUUAAAACAGUAGAUUUACCCAUAGGUUUUAUGUAUUUUGUAUAUUUCAUUUUUCUUCUCAUUAAGUUAUAUAACAUUUCUUUUAUAUUGUCUUUUUAAAUCCUGUAUAAUUUAUUUCUAAGUAUUCUACCUGAUAACCAUUUUGUUUAGUAUUAUUGAGAAAUGGAGAUGAAAUGGGAUCAGUUCCACAAAUUAAUUGUAAAUGUUGAUAUUUUAAAAUUCAAUAGUUAUCUAUUAUAUUGUAUUUCUUUUUUUUUCAAUUCUAAAAUUUAUAUUCCAGAUUUGUAAUAUUUCAGUGAAGUAUCACAUUAGCUGAAGUUCAUAGAGGACCCUUACAUGUAGCUGGAUUAUUACCCUUAACUAAUGUAUAAGGCCAGACCAAUUUAGAUCUUACUUCUUUGGAAACAGUACAGAUUUUGCUUCCUACUCUUUUAAAGAUUUUUUAAAAAAAAACCCAAAAACAAACAAAAUGCUUAUCUGAUUAUCUCUUAGAUCCAGAUUUUCAAUUUUUGAAUAAAAUAAGUGUAAAUCCUUAUCGGGCUAUUUAUCAGUAUUGCGAAAACAGAACUUCAAUUUGGUUUGGCUUUUUUUUUUCCCCUUUUAUUGCAUUUCUUCCAUUUAUUUAUCUAAUUUUAUAUAUGUAUAUUAUAAACUGAUUUAUUAGUAUGGUUAUUCACUAUAUAUUCUUACAAAUAUUUUAUUUUCAUCUAAUAUCUCAUUAUAUGUUAAAUUAAACAAUACUGGUAUCAUGUUACAGAAGGUUCAGAUUUAAAAAAAACAGUAGCAAUAUGGGGUAGAACAGUGUAGGAAUUAAACCUUUUUUUUCUAAAUCCAGAAAAAUAGGUGUUUAAUUUAUACAAGCAGAAGGCUAUAUCUAUUGGAAGUUCAGGCUAGGUAGUCAGUUUUGUGUUUUUGUUGAAUAUAUUUUAGGGAAGUUCAACUAAGAAGAAUGUAUUAAGAUUUUUGUCUGUUCUGGUUCUGUCAUAUUUAACAACCAUUUUACAGAGGAAAUAUUGUUUCAUAGAAUGAAAAAUAAACAGCUAUAUUUGAUGGAGAAAAAUGUGUUGUUGGGGGUGGGGGGCAUUUAGAUAGUUCUGUCCUUUGGAGGUAACAAAACUCUUCCUCUCAAUCUCACAAUGAGAAAUUUGGAAAUGAAAUAAAAGUUUGCACGCAUUUUAAAAAACAAUGUGCCAUAGUAAUUCAGAUUAAUGAGUUUUGUGCAAACUUUUGACACUUGAUAUAGACUUCUCUAAACAUGUUAAGUGCAUGCAGGAAUGUCUUAUGUUCAUCUGGACCUUCAGUAUGGACCACUACUGCAUUAGAUUACAUAAUGGACAAUUGUGAAGGGCAUCAUGGUAAUUGUCCAGCAGCUUAAGGCUACAUUAAAGCACACUGUGGACUACUUGUUAGUCUCAAAAAGACCCUGAUGCUCAUGGAAUACCUGAUGUAUUUCUUUUGAAGCCAUUCUAUCUGUUUUAGCCCAGUUAGGGCAGUACAGUAGGACGUCAAACUCUGUUUCAUUUCAUUUAAAGUAAUGUGGCAACUAUAAGUUAAGUAAUUGAGACUAGAAAUUCAAUAGAAAUAAAUGAUGUGUGAGGAAAUAAAAUGUUGUCAAGUGUGUAUAUAAAUAUUGUAUAUAUAUUGUAAUUAUCUAUUUUCAAUCAGGUUCAUUUUCUUAAGAGAUUGAUGUUCUAUUCUCUCUACUUUUAUAUUUAGUAUCAUCCUUCAAUAAAAUGUACAGUUUUAA